AUGGAAAAGAGAUUCGACGGCCAAGUUGCUGUCAUUACAGGCGCUGGCGGCGGGCUCGGCCGCGCCUACGCGCUGGCCUUUGCAAAGAGGGGCGCGAAAGUUGUGGUGAACGACUUGGGGGUGGCACUGGCUGGGGAUGCAGCAGCAGCAGCAGCAGCAGCAGCUGCUGCAGCAGCUUCGCCGCAGCAACAGCAGCAGCAGCAGCAGCAGCAGCAGCAGUGGGUGUGUGCAGGCAGCCGCCCCGCGGACUUGGUGGUGGCGGAGAUCCGGCGCGGGGGCGGCGAGGCCGUGGCGAACUACGAAGACGUGGGGGAGGGCUGGAAAAUAGUAGCAGCAGCAAUUAAGACUUUUGGAAGAAUUGACAUUUUAAUCAACAAUGCGGGAAUCCUCAGAGACGCUUCCUUCGCCAAAAUGACCGAACAGGACUGGGACAGAGUCAUGCACGUGCACCUGAAGGGGGCCUUUGCAUGCACGAAGGCCGCGUGGCCGCACAUGGUGCAGCAGAAGUACGGGCGCAUUAUAAACACGGCCAGCGCGUCGGGACUUUACGGCAACUUUGGACAGACCAACUACAGCGCUGCAAAGAUGGCGCUGGUGGGCAUGUGCAAGACUCUCGCGGCUGAGGGCCAAAAGUAUAACAUUAAAGUCAACUGUGUGGCUCCUUUGGCGGGAACGCGCAUGACUGCGGGGGUGCUGCCCCCCCAAAUUCGAGAAGCCCUCAAGCCCGAGUGCGUGGCUCCUGUGGUGCUUUACUUGAGUUCGAAGGAGUGCAAUGAAACCGGACAAGUGUUCGAGGUGGGGGCGGGCUGGGUUGCUGCAGUGCGGUGGCAGCGGAGUCAAGGAAAGACAUUUCCUUCGAGUUUCACUUUGGAGGACUUGAGCAAAGAAUGGAAAACUGUUUUGGAUUUCAAAGACAAAGUUUCUUACCCAAGCUCUCUCCAGGACUCCCUCAUUAUGGCGUCGCAGCAAAUAGUGUCGGAAGGAAAGGCUGCUGCUUCCGGCGAAGAAGGCGCAGCAGCGCCUGCUCCUGCUGCUGCUGCUGCUGCAGGCAGCUGCUCGAAAGCCGAAAAGAUCUUCAAAAUGCUUGCUGCUUACUUGGAACUUGACAAAGAAAAGACGCAGCAGCUAAAGACAAAAGUUAACAGCUGCUUCCUCUUCGAAAUUGCUGCUAAGCAGCAGCAGCAGCCCGUGCUGCAGUGGACCAUUGACCUGCGCCAAGACGGAGAACAGCAGCAGCAGCAGCAGCAGCAGCAGCAGCAGCAGCAGCAGCAAGUACUUGGUUGCCCCCCUUUGUGUGAACAAUGCCGAACACGUGAACUCGAGUUGAAUGUCCAAAUGCACUGCUGUGCUUUCCCCGCUGCUGCUGCCGCUGCCGCUGCUGCUGCUGCUGCUGCUGCUGCUGCUGCUGCAGAGGGCUGCGCGAAGGCGGGCGUGUGGGGCGCAGCGGACGCGACGUUUGCCGUGGGAGAAGAGGCGUUUUGCAGGAUUUGUUUGGGAGAAUUAAAUCCCCAAGUUGCGUUUUUGCAAGGAAAGAUGAAAAUAAAAGGCAGCAUGGCAGCAGCAGCAAAGUUCACUCCCCAGCUCUUCCCCCCCAUUUCCCCCGCGCUGCUUUCCCUGGAAGCCGCGGAGGCCGUGCGCCAGUUCCUCAGCAGCAGCAGCAGCAGCAGCAGCAGCAGCAGCAAGCCCGCUGCUGCUGCUGCUGCUGCACCUGCUGCUGCUGCUGCUGCGGGGGGCCACACUCUCAGCCAAAAAGCUGCGAAGCUGCAAAGCGCAAAACUCUUUCCUUUUCUUAUGGACCAUCUCAAGUCCCCCGCAGGCGCCAAUCUCGUCAAACAGGUGGGGUGUAUCUACCGCGUGGACCUGCUGCCGAGCACAGGGGAAGGGCCCACUUGCACUUUUUAUAUAAAUCUGAAGCAGCAGCCGCCGCGGGUGUGGGAGAGCAGCAGCAGCAGCAGCGAGCCCUACGACUGCUGCUUCACUCUCAAAGACGAAGUUUUUUUCAAACUUGCAACUGGACAACUCAACCCCCAAAUGGCGUUUCUCCAGGGCAAAAUGAAGAUCAAAGGCAGCACCAAAGCUGCCAUGAAGUUCACCAGAGACAUGUUCCCCAAGAUCUCCAAACUCUAG